GUCCCGUCGUCGAAGGUUGAAACUUGAAAGAAGCUAGGAUACGAAAAAUGUCUGGUGAAUGCGGGCUGCACCCUGGCUUGACGAUGACGAGCAGUGAGGCGGUGGCGAUGGCGGCAUCGGCGACGCUGGGGCGGCUAAAUUCGCUGAUGCGCCAGGUGACCGAUUGGCAGGACGAGCGUUUGGCGCUCGAGAGCAAAGUGAUGCGACUGAAAUCAGCGCUGCAGAGCCUCGGCGGAAACGUCGAAGACACGCUGAAGCCAGACCCGGUGGUUAUUCGUCAAAGAGAAGAGAUAGGAAGAUUAAGAUUGUCCGAGGAUCGACUAGAGGAGGAGAUCAAGCGACUUAGGGAGGCGCUCGUCGAGGCCGAGGAGGCCAUCACCUGUUCAGGGGCGAAGCGGCUGAAGGACAAGAUGGCGCGGGUGAGAGAAGCGGGGGUGGAGGAGCGGCGAAGGCUCAGCGAAGAAGUCGAGUACCUGAAGAUGCGCGUCAGGGAGGCGGAGGAGGAAUCGUCCUGCGCGGCGUUGGGCCGUCUGCGUUCGAAGCUGAGGGAGAUCCUGAAGGGUGACAAGAUCGUGGAACGGUUUAUUGCCGACGUUGCUACCAGGGGCUGCGUAACUGUUGUCGACCUCCUGGGGGAGGCGACCAGGGUGAAGGAGACGCUCGACCAAUCGAUCGACGAAAACAUCCGGCUGCGUGCCGAGAGCCGAAGGCUGAUUGCCGCCCUCGAAUCGGACGCCGAGACCGGCUGCUCCGGCCACCUGGAGACCAUCGAACGACUCGGUUUUCGCGUCAAGGAACUCGAGCGAAGGAUCAAAGAAUUGGAGGACGAUUCCCGGCUCGUUAAACGGCUCGGGGAACUCGAGGACGAGCUGAAUAUUAAACGAGAAGAGCUCGAGGAUCGGGAGGCAUCGAUUAACGCUCUGAGAAACGAACUUCUUGGCGCUAAAAUCGCGUACAAAAUUAAGGCAGGGGAAUUGGAUGAUAUUGAAUUCGAGAAGGCGGAGGUGCGGAGGGUUAACGAGGAGCGUGAACAACUCGAGAAACGAAUUGGAGAACUCCAGCAACGCGUAAGGGAGGCGGAUUCGGUCGCCAGAGACGCGGAGGACGUUAGAAAUGAGCUCAAUCGAGUCAAACCCGAGCUAGUUAGCCUUGAAAUUGAACGCGAUGCGCUUGUCGAGGAUAUUGAACAGAUGCGAAACAUCAUUUCGGACCGAAAUGAACAAAUAGCGAGAAUCUUGGAAGAAAAUGAGCAGCGAGACAGAGCUAGAAAGUCUGAGAUCGAAGGCGUGAGAACAAAGCUCAGAAUCGCGUUGGCUGAGAAGGAAAAGCUUGUUUCCGGCUGUGGUAACGGCGAAGCUGAAACGACAGGUAGAAUCGGUGAAGCUAGCGGCGACUCUAAGCCUCUUGAAAAAAAAAUAAGAGCACUUGAAGGGGAGCUGGUUAAACUGAAGGAGCUCUCGAUGGAUCCGUUGAUAAAAGAUCUGCGUUCGACAGUCAGGCUUGAGAAUGAGCUCGCGGUCGAAAGAUCGACCAAGGAAAGUGUCAUCAAAGAAUCGGAGAGCUUGAGAGUGGAGAACAGUCGUCUAAGGUGUGAGAAAAAUGAGCUCGAUAUAAAAUUGGAGGAAUUUGAAGCGGAGAAUACCGAGCUAAGGAGAGAGCUUAAUCGGCUGGUGGAAAAAAAUCAACAACUAACGAUGGAGAUUGAUGAGCUCAAGAACGUUGCGGAGAAUGAAGCUAGGCUGAAGAAAAAGCUGGAUAUAAUGGAAGGCGAGAAUCAACUGCUUAAACAAGACAUGGACGGACUAAAGUCGAAGGAUUCUGUUGAAAAGAGAAUUCAAGAGCUCGAUAAUGAGCUCAGAAAGCUGAGGACCGAACGUGAAGCGCUUAAAACUGAGUACAGAAAACUGGUAUUGGUCAACGAGACGUUGAAGAUCGAGCUCAACGAUCGAAGAACGAGGAUUGAUGAGCUCGAGGAGCGGCUGAAGCUCAAUUCCAGGGACUGUGAAAUCCUUAUAGAAAAGUUAGCAGUGGUUGAAGGGGAUCUUCGUGAAGCUAAGGAAGAAAUCGAAUCCCUGAAGAUCAGCGCUGACCGCGUAAAAGGCGAAUUCGACGAUCUAAAGGCGCGGAAUGAGGUGCUGGUAGCAGAGGUGAAAAAACUGUAUACCGAAGCUGAAGAAGCGUCUAAGGAAGAGCAGGAAUCCAUUCGCGCGAAGGAAUGGGACGAGGGAACCGUGGUUAUGGACUGCGGGGAUUACGUGCGAGCUGACAGAGAGAUGAAGUACUUUAUCCACCUUCAAAGUUUGGCAGUAAAACGAGUCGCAGAUUUCAUCAGCUAUGUAGAAGGCCAGACCAGCCUGAGGCCUGCGAUGGCGACGUUCCUAGAACCGACCUUCACCAACGUGAUGAUCCUUAACGUCGACGAAAAUGUGAGGACAACCUUCAGGAUGUCGCAGAAACUUUCGGAGAUGAUUUUCAACGCUGAGAUUAGGGUCCAGCGCCUUGAGACUCUUCGGAACGAGGCUGAUCACCUUAGAAAGGAACGCGACUGCCUAAAUAACGGAAUUGAGAAACUCAACAGCAUGCUGAGCAAACUGGGUCAAAACGUCUUGAUGCAGUCACCUGAUCAUCGUCGUGUUGCGUUUUGCACACCUUCCGACAGCGACAUGGAUCAGUGCUGGUCAAAAUCGCGCAAUAACAUCCCCCAGAUCACGGCGAGCUUACAAUUGUGCCAAAAUUCUGAGCACCAGCUUUAUCCAACCUUCGAAAGCGAGGUGCUUCCGGAUUACACGGACGAAAAAUUCUGCACUAUAAAUAAUCGAAUAUCGGACCUCCAGAGGGAGAUUAAGGCGAAACAACGAGAAGCUGCGGCGAGGCUUAUCGAAAUGCGAGAAACCAUGCGGCAAGAACGAACGCGGCUAAUGGAGAUUGCGGACAGAGGUUCACCUCGUGGUGUUCACUCACCUGCUUCUUCCAUCAUUUGAGAGGAAAUCUUGCAUCAAAACGAAUCGACUAACACACUCACUGGAUUAAAACAACCCGGCGUAGUGCAACGGAAUGCAAACGUGCUCUGUGCUCUUCUAGAAGGGGCGGAUGUGAUUGGAAAAACGGAAAACUCUCCACAGCCUUUCUCCUCGCGAAUGGACAGUCCAUUCAUCAACCACGUCGACCCUCUCGACUUCGUAUCUGCGAUCAGCGUUAGCUGGUGUGGUAUAACUAUGGAUACCUUCAGGAUGGCUCAUUUUGAAAGGAAAUUAAUCUUCCUUCAACUAGUGGAAAGAAGAACUCGCAGGAGUUGCUGGGACAGCGUUGCCAGAAACGGAUGUCGAAACGGUGGGAGUGGAAUACAAUCAACCCGGUUGCUGAGAUUCGGUGACUUACUUGAGGACCACAUGAAGAUCUGA